AUCGCACCUUCCUUGACAGUGAAUGCAGUAAUACAGUCUAUGAAAAAUGGCCCCGAACGACUUCAAUACGGCAGCACCCCCGGAGACCUUGGAGUAUCGCUCGCAGCCGCAACAUGAGUCACGGACACAAGAUGACCCGGUGGCGGACGACAACGAGAAGCCCGUCUUCUUCUUUGACAUUGAUAACUGCCUUUAUCCCAAGAGUCUUGACAUUCACCGCAUGAUGGCCGAACUGAUUGACAAGUUCUUCCAGAAUCAUCUGAGUCUCUCCCAGAAAGAUGCCAAUGAGCUUCACUACAGAUACUACCGUGAAUACGGCCUUGCCAUUGAAGGACUAGUCCGACACCACAAAGUCGAUGCCCUAGAGUACAACAGCAAAGUCGAUGAUGCAUUGCCUCUAGGCGACGUCAUCAAGCCAAACCCCGAACUACGGAAGCUAAUUGAAGACAUCGACACGAGCAAGGUGCGCUUAUGGCUGUUCACAAACGCAUACAUUACCCAUGGCAAGCGCGUUGUCAAGCUUCUUGAGAUUGAUGAUCUCUUCGAAGGUAUCACUUAUUGUGACUAUGGCUCAGACAAGUUCUACUGCAAACCACACGCGGAGAUGUAUGACAAGGCCAUGGCGGAAGCUGGAAUCAAGUCCAACGACAAAUGCUAUUUUGUCGACGACUCCUACAUCAACUGCAAGGCGGCUGCUGAGCGAGGCUGGAAGACGGCACAUUUGCUAGACGAGAAUGACCCAUCACCUGCCCAGCCAGCCAGCCAGUACCAAAUCCGCAGUCUGCAGGAGCUGCGUCGCAUUUUCCCAGAGGUGUUCAAGAGCUCGUAAGACGACGCUAGCGUGUACCGAGGUACGGUACAGCACGCGAAACACGGUACACGGUACAUGGAUCACAUAGACGACAAUCAUGCCCAUAGAAAGACGGAUAGAAUAGAAACAAUGACGAAUCCCUCCCCAUGAUCAGCAAA